GUAGAGAGGAUUGUAGACAAAAGGAAGAACAAAAAGGGCAAAUGGGAAUAUCUCAUCAGGUGGAAAGGCUACGGGAGCAACGAAGACACCUGGGAACCUGAACAUCACCUACUGCAUUGUGAGGAAUUUAUUGAUGAGUUCAAUGGACUACAUGUUACUAGAGAAAAGCGAUCAAGACAUGGAAAACAGGCCAGUGCUCCCAAAUUUUUACGGGAAAGCCGAGGGUCAUCUCUUGAGAAAAUACCACAUAGACCUUCUGAAUCUGGGAAGUCUAAAGGGUCAACACAUAAAAGGAAGAGAAUUAACCCAUCUCUUCAAAAACAGAAAAGAGGAUACGCAGCAAAACCAGCAUCUGCUAAUGAGAGGGCUGCUAAAACUGUGACUUACCGAACUACUCCCAGCGGUUUACAGAUCAUGCCACUGAAAAAGCCACACAAUGGUCUGCAGAAUGGAGAUGGCAGUCAUGAAAAGGAUUCUAGACAUUUGGGGAAUGGCUCACAACAGCAAAAUAUGGAUUUAAAUGAUCAUGAAGGAGAACAAAAUUUGCCCAGCGUGUUGGAAGUUAGUAAUGAUUCACCUGUUGUGAAUGGAAUUGGUUCUUCUCUGGCCAAUGGAAGCUUGAAUCUACACAGCACUGUGAAAAGGAAACUAGAUGGGGAGAAAGAUUAUGUCUUCGAUAAGAGACUAAGAUACAGCGUACGUCAAAAUGAAAGUAACUGCCGGUUCAGGGACAUUGUAGUCCGGAAAGAAGAUGGUUUCACACAUAUUUUGCUGUCAAGUCAGACUUCAGAUAACAAUGCACUGACCCCAGAGAUCAUGAAGGAAGUUCGGAGAGCAUUGUGCAAUGCAUCAGCUGAUGACAGUAAACUCUUACUUCUCAGCGCAGUGGGAAGUGUAUUCUGUAGUGGCCUAGAUUACUCAUAUUUAAUUGGCAGGUUAUCCAAUGACAGAAGAAAGGAAAGCACUAGGAUUGCAGAAGCUAUAAGGGAUUUUGUAAAAGCUUUUAUUCAAUUUAAGAAGCCAAUUGUGGUUGCUAUCAACGGCCCUGCUCUUGGGUUAGGAGCUUCUAUUUUACCACUAUGUGAUAUCGUUUGGGCAAGUGAGAAGGCAUGGUUUCAGACACCAUACGCAACAAUCCGACUCACUCCAGCUGGCUGCUCAUCAUACACAUUCCCACAAAUUCUGGGUGUUGCACUGGCAAAUGAAAUGUUGUUCUGUGGGAGAAAGCUGACAGCACAGGAAGCCUGCAGCAGAGGACUAGUAUCCCAAGUAUUUUGGCCAACAACAUUUAGCCAAGAAGUGAUGCUACGAGUGAAAGAAAUGGCAUCCUGCAGUGCAGUGGUAUUGGAAGAGUCCAAAUGCCUUGUGCGGAGCUUCCUGAAAUCCGGACUUGAAGAUGUGAAUGAGAAAGAGAAAAAAAAACAGCUGUGGAGUUCUUCCAAAGGACUGGAUUCGUUAUUCAGCUACUUGCAAGACAAAAUUUAUGAAGUCUGA